AUGCCAGCGUCGGAGAGUGUAGCGGUCUUCUGGGACUAUGAGAACUGUGCUGUUCCAUCCAACACAUCUGGCAGUGUUAUUGCCAACAACAUCCGACGCAUCGCCCAUCAAUAUGGGAGUGUGAAGACGUUCAAGGCGUACAUGGAGCUACCAGAACAGUCCUCACCAAAGAGCUAUGCUCUGCGAUCGGAGCUGCAGCUUUGCGGGGUCUCUUUGAUAGACUGCCCUCACAAUGGCAGCAAAGAUGUCGCCGACAAGAUGAUGAUCGUGGAUAUGAUGGCCUAUGCCAUCGAUACCCAAGCUCCUGCGACCAUCAUCCUCAUCUCGGGCGACCGAGACUUCGUAUACGCGGUCUCCGUACUGUGUCUGCGCCAAUACCGGCUCAUAGUGCUUGCGCCACAUGCGGCACACACGAGCCUGAAAGCGCAGGCCAGUGUGGUGUACUCCUGGCCCGCCGAUGUCCUGCCAGACGAGCCGUCAGCGGACGGCACCAAGUCUCGCAGCGGCACCAUCCCCGAGUACUUCCGUUCUCGAAGCGAUCCUCCACCAUCGACGGCGGCGGCCGAUGCCCACGAGUGCACCGUCGGAUUCUGCCCUCCUGCGACCAAUGCCGCAGCACUGGGUGCCGAAAGUGUCCUCAUCACCCACGGCAAGCACCCCCGGGCUGCCCGUUGCUUCUGGCACGAAGCUCCGGCGUCCCUCCUUCCUUCCAUCGAGACGCCGGGGUCGUACUUCAGCAAUCCAUACCAGCAGCCCAGCCCGAGCCCAUCGCCGAAGCGGGACACUGCAGACAUACCACAUCUGCAGUGGGGCUCCCUCGCAUCAACCGAGGUCGAGACAUCGCGGCUGAACGUGGACGCCCCCUCUUUCACGAGCAAGAUAUGGCCCGAGGAUGAACUCCCGAACCUCUCUUCCAGCAUCCCGGCCCCGCUAGUAGACACCACGAAGCGCGGCCUCCCCGCGCACUUCCGCCCGCUCGUCAAGGUCCUGAAGCAACGGCUCAAAGAGGGUGUGGCGCAGGUUGCCUACUCCGAGCUGGGGACGUUGCUCCGCCAGGAGUCCGCGGCGGUCUACGAGCUGGCCGGCGUGUCGAAGCUGAAGGAGUACUCCUGCUUGGCGGAAGACGCGGGGGUCGUGAUCCUCACGGAGAACGUGUACGGCCCUGGAGGCGUCGACGGGCAGCGAUGGGUGUCGCUGCACCCCCGCCUGGUGAAGGGCGCUGCGCGGAGGACCCUGGAUGAAUGGACGUUCAUGGCGCGCCAGGGUACUAGCAAGUAG